CCUCACCUGCCGCCUACCAACUACCCACCACCGCCUUUCGCCUUCACCAUUGACCGCACGACCACAACUACAAUUUGUCCACAUCCCAAACUCACUCAGCUUCUCACUCACUUUUCGACACAACAAGUACAAUACCAAGAUGUUCCGACUUCAGGAAAGCAAUCUACCAAAAGACCCCAAAUUCCCUGCGGAUCUGAAAGAGCUAGGCUUUUUCAUCAACGAAGCAGGCCAAUUCUGCAUGAUCAAUUACCCAGACAAGUUCUUCCAAUACUACUACAGCAACAACGAGCGCGUCAACAACGCCCGCCGCGAAGCAUAUCACCAAUGCCAACGUCGCGAAGUUGCAAAGCGUUUGUCCGCGCUUGGACUAGUGAACCUGUACCUACCUCAACUCACAUCCGUCAAGCCUGAGGAUGAAGCAUCGGUGCCGAUUCUCGCCCCACCGGCCGAGAUACUCAGGACGCGCAAGAGGGUCAUUGUCAUUGUGAACAGUACGCUGCAAGAUCUAGGCAUUCUUGCAUAUCGAGAGCUGCAGCGCGCAGCUGGCGUGAAUGAUGGAUCGAUCAUCGGUUUCGUCAAGGAGAUCAUUCGACGGUCCACCGGAGCGGACGAUACAGCAGACCUGUUUAAGGAUGGUGCUGGGGUAGCGGAUAAGAGCAAGGAAACUCCCGGCAUCAUAGUCAUGAAUUGCGGCCAGCUUCUCUACUCGUACAAGUUCGGUGAGGCGAAGACUGUACGGAGCUGGAAUGAUAUGCCCGUCCAGUCGGCUUGCCAUGAACCAGUUCAGAUUACUGAGGAUAACAAGAUUCCGGGCAACAGAGAUGCGACAGAGCACAUCAAGUUCGUUAUUGAGAACGUGCUGCAUAACAAGGAUUUCGUAGCCGAGGAUGCGGAGAUUUAUAUGAUUGGGAUUGAGAAUGGAGGAGAGCACCUCGUCAGGGUCCUUGAUGAGCAUCUGGAAAGAUAUGGCCUAUGGCUCACGGCUAUGGCCCUCAUUGAGCCUCGUAUGCACUCGUCUCAUAUCCACAACCCUCAUCUACGAGCUUUUCUGCGCCGGCGGGCGCGCCAAUGGCGGGUAGAGUCAUCAAACAACCCGGCAGAGUGCGUUGCAGUACCGUCGCACUACGCCGAAGAAGUCGCAGCAUUGGAGGGCUCGACUGGGGAGAAGGUUGAUGUCACACCGGCAGAGAAGGACCAUCUCAACUGGCUUGACACUGUCCAGGCUUCGGGUACAGUGUCAAAUAUUCUCUCAGCGAUCCCAACACAGCUUGCAAACCUGAAAAUCUCCCUUGGGCCUGACCACGGGACAAAAGCAGCAGAUGAUACCCGUCCUCUGGAAGACUCCAUCUGUCCCACCUUCUGUGACGACGAGAACCCACAUGGCGCUGGAGAAUGCAUCUUCAUAGCACGCUCGGUGCAACGAUGCGUCUUGCAGUUCUUCGAAGAAGUCGCAAAGGACCCAGCCAAAUAUCAUAACCCUGUGUUCGAGGUAAACGCACCGGAUGCCCUAGAGGACAACGGCUGGGGAGAGGAAGAGACGCCAGCGGACGCUUCUACGAAAGCAGAGCUCAAGAUUCGGAAGGAGGAGCUUGAGCGGAUGAAGACCGCUCUUCGCAAUACGCCGGAGACUGCAGAGUUUCGAGAAGGGAAGGUGGCUCUCGAAAAGCGUAUCCAGAGACUCGAGAAGGAGUAUCAGGAGUUAUCGGAGAAGAAGUCGACUGAAGAAAAUACUGGGACCACGGCAGCGCAGGAGAAGAAAGAGGUGUGGGAACCGGUUGGCAGGGGACCUAAGGUUCCGUUCGCAGGGGAUAUGGUGGACAGCGAACUGGUGAAGGCUUCGGGAUUGGAUGACUCUGCCGAAGACGAUGAGGAUGUGGCCGAACUUGCCCCUGAGGUCAAUGGGCAGACGUAGAAGUGCUACCUCCGAGCCGUCGAGGACUCGAGGAAAUGAGUCCGGCUUGGGUUGGAGCAUUCAUCGGUCUAUGAGCUUUGCGAUUUGUAUGCUUUUGGGAUCUCUUU